CUCGCUAUCGUCACUUGUUUUUACCGGCGCGCGUGUUGUGAUUUUUCCGUUGUGGCAACUGUUUUGUGUUGCCUGCUUGUUUUGGACACAAUCCUCUGGAGGAAUCGGCCAUGGCCAUGUUACGCAGCCAACUCUGGCAGCAGUUGCGCCGCUCAAUGCGGCUGCCAAUGCAAGCAACUCGAAUAUUUGGCUGCCCACGUUAUGCAAUGCCAAACAACAACAGGACAACAGUAGCUGCCCAGUGGAGCCACUAUUCUACAGCAACUGCAACAACAGGAGUCACUAAGAAGCGCACAGGCAAAGCAACUGCCACACAACAAGUGAGCGUCGAGAGCUUGUGGACACAGUUGGAAACGUACUACAAUCAACACAGCGUCUGUCGUCUGGAGCAUGUCGAUCGUUUGCUACAGCAGCUGGAGAAGCAGUCCUUUGAUCAAUCACCACCACUCACGGCCAAUCAGCUGCACUUUCUCCUUGGCGUCUGUGUGCCCGAGUUGCUGCCGGUGCCGAGCAACAAAGAGCGUUCGCAGCUCUUUCGCCGCAUCUGGACACAGUUGCUCAGGGUAACGCAACCAUCGAUAUCGCACUAUCACACACAGCUGCAGAUGCUGCGUCAGAACCAGUUGCCGCUGCCCGAUCAUCGUGCGCUGCUCGCCGAGAUUGCCACCUACAAUGGGCCACCAGAUGCGGAACUUUAUGCAGCCUUGUUGGACGUAGCCGGUGCCAGCGGGAAUAUGCGACAAGCCACCGAACUGCUGGCGGAGCAGCGUGGUCACAAUUUUCCACUGACCGAGCGCAACUUUCAUGCGCUGCUCCUGGGCCAUGGACGCAGUGGGAAUCUCGCUGGCGUUGCCGAGGUGCUGAGCAGCAUGCUCGCCGCCAACAUACCGCCCAGCUACAGCACUCAGGCCACGUGCUUUGUGGCCUACGUGGAGAACGGACAACUGGAGAAGGCGCGUGAGCUGCUCAAGCAGCACCCGGAACAGUUCAACGCCCCGCAGCUUCUGCAGAUGCUGCGUGCCCUGGUGCUGAGCCAGCACUGGGAUGCCCCGCUGAUGCAGCAGCUCAUUGCGCAGCUGCCGCGUGACAUUGUGGAGGAUGCAGAUGUGCCGCCUGCCAUUGGCAGCCUGUGCAUACAGCUGCUGCAUCGCGGCCAGGCGGAACAGAUGAUACAGCUGGUGGGCGCAUUGCCGACGCCGCAAUACAACGAGAACCAGAGCAUCGAUGGCUAUGCGACGUUGCUGUUCCACGAACUGUUUUACGCCCGCACGCCGCUGCCACAGAUGCUAAAAUUCGCCACCGAGCUGCGACAGCGUGGACAGAAUACACGCGCCUUGGAGCUGCUCACCGAAUUGGCGCUGCGUCGCCAGCCAUCGCUGGCGCUCGACUGCCUGGAGGCGUUGAGUGCGGCGGGCGAGACGCUGCGACCGCAUUACUUCUGGCCGCUGGUGUUGCAGCAGCAGCGGAGCGAGGGCGAGUCGGGCGUGUUGCGUGUGCUCGCCGAGAUGCAGCGACUCCGCGUCGAGUGCGACGAAGUCACGCUGCGCGAUUACGUGUUGCCUCGACUGUGGCAGACGUUGCAACAGCCACGCCAGGCGCUGCAACAGCUCGACGAGGUCGGUGUGCGUGCCUCGCAGACGCUGUCGCAUGUGCUCAACCAGCUGCUGCUGCAACAGCAAUUGACGCAGGCGCUGGAGCUGCUGCAGCUGUAUCCCACGCGACUGCAGCUGGCGCCGCUUUUGACGCCGCUCGCCUCGCUGGCGGUGCAUGCUCGUGCCACCAAGCGGUAUGCCGCAUUCGCGCAGUUGACGCAGGCGUUGCAACAGCGCUCGUUGCAGCGGCAGGAGGAUUUCGUUGGUGCGCUGCUGCUGCAGAUGUGCGGACCACAAACGCGUCUGCGUCAGGAGCCCGACUCCUUGUUGCGCUUCCUGCACGAGAUGCAGCGACUGCAACUCAAGAUGUCGCCGGCGGCAGCCGAGUCGCUGCUCCAUGUGGCAGCAGGAAGUGCGCAGCCGGAUACCCGGGAAGCGAUUGUCAAGGUGCUGCAGAAGAUGCGACAGUCGGAGCUGCUGUUGCCACCGGAUGUGAGCGUCAGCAGCGGCGGCGGCAGCUUCAUCAAGCAUCCGCGUGACAUGUCGCUGGAUGAGUUGGAGUGCCAUCUCAUCGAGCUGGAGGCCAAGCAGCUCAACACCCGUGGCGUGCUGCGUCGACUCCUGCAGCUCUCGGUCCGUGAUGGACGCCUGGAGCGUGCCCUCGAGUUGCUGGCCAAAUGCGAAGCGCUGCGUGUUCAGAUCAGUCCUGGCAUGCUGGCGGCGAUUCUCGAUCUGCACAUCAAGCUCAAGGAUGUGACGCGUGCUCAGCAGACGUUGCUGCGAUUGCAGAAAACUUAUCCAGGUUUCCAAAUCGAUGAGCACAAGCUGAUUGACUAUGCGGCACUCUUGGUGCACAACUCCCAGUUGGAAGAGGCAAAGCAACUGCUGCGUGAGCGUGCAACACAGCAUAAAGUGAACGGCGGCGAUUAUGUGAUCAAGAACGUGUGGCAGCUUCUCAACAACGUCGCCCAACAGGCGAUGAAGGAGCCGGUGCCCGAUUCCGGCCACAGUCUGACCUUCGAAACAUUUGAAUUCCUGCGCAAACUUGGCUACUGUCAGACACACAAUGCGCUGCUCGGUCCCGUGUUACGUGAGUGGCUGUUGCGGGGUGAUUUGGAUGCCGCAAUCGCCGAGUUCCAACGGCUGGCCACACGCUACAAGCACACACCGCUGCAAUUUGAGCUGCUCUCGCUGCUGGUCAAGCUGAGCAAUGGCCACGAGGAGGAGCUGGCACGAUUCCCGGGCACAACCAAGGAGUCGGCGCAACAGCAUUUGGCCAAUGUGACGGCGACGGUGACGCGAGUCCAUGGCAGUGUGAAUAUGAAUAGCGCCUUGUUGCUGGCACUCGCUGAAUCCGGCACGGAGACGCAGCUGCGUCGUCUGAUCAUCAAUCCAGAGUUUCGACUGAAUCACGAACAGCUGCUGAAGAACUGCGAGCAUUUGGGUCAAGAGGGCGCCGUUCAGACGCUGCUGCGUUUGGCGCGCGGAGUUCGCGGCUUGCAGCGUGCCAUCGACGAGCAGCGCAUCUAUGACAUGCUGCUCACACAGUUUGCCAAGACCAACAACUAUGAGGGUGCCCUGGAUCUGUACGAUCGCCUGCAGGCGGACGAUGAGCUCAAGGUGUCGCAGGACUUUGUCCGCAAUCUUGUGCAACUGCUGCAGGUGAACAACGUCGAGAUACCCAGCUCGAUAGCGUUGCGUGCUCAGAUCAGAUAGUUAGGCAUUUCUAGUUAGUUUUCUCUCAGUCACUGUUGUUAUCAUUAUAAUUAUUGAAUAUACAAAUUUUGUAUACCCCAAAGUUGAGUGUUUCUCUUUAU